UUUGGAUGCAAUGUGGAUGUGCUUUUUUUUAACUCAAUAGUAAGCUGCGUACAAUUUGGUGUGGUGUGCACACAGCAGGUCAGAGGGAUUUGGAGUACAAAAGAUGCGCUCUGUCUCAGGUCUCAGGUCUCAGGUUAUCUGUUAAAUUCAACCUGCAGCUAUUUUGAAGAGAAUCAAAAAGGCAGUGAAGUCAGCAAAGGGUACAGAAUCAGUAUCAAUAAUGACAGAGGGAAGGAAAAAGAGAGCGCUGUAGGUUAACAAAUCCCUCAGUCGACAAACACGUAAGUCUGGCAGCUACUGUCUUAUGUAUUUGCAUGUUAAGUUUUUAAGUUGUCCCUUCUAUGUUAUUACAUGACUUGUUUGGUCUUAGGUUUGUCAGAUAAACAGAUUUAUAGAGGUAGAAAAGAGUGGACUGAGGUUAACAAUGUAACAAUCCAGUGAGCACAACAGAAAGAAAGGUUUGAACAGGGUCUCAAACAAGGUCUGGUUUGAGUUAAAAAGUUAUUCCUCUGUCUCUCCCAAGGUUUUGGAAAACUUUGGCAUGCAAAGUGCCAGAAUGAGUGCUGUUUUUCUACAUGAGAACACAGCUGCACUUACAUUUUUGCAAAAGCUUGUUACUACAAAAGUCUGUGUGAUUCUGUGUCUGAAUCUUUUGCAGUUCAGAUAUGUUAAAAGAUUUAGUUUUCUUUAUUAUUUUGGGGGAGAAAGGCUAAUUAUUUCAGUUCUGCUGAUAGAAGAUGUCAAUAAGUCUCAUAAAGUAAACCUGUUGGGGCAAGUGGUGGAAUACUACAGUAGAUCUUGUUACCUGCUUGUUACUCACAUAUACAGCACUAAUCUAUUUUGCGGCCAGACUCACUAUUCACUCACACUUGUUUAUUUACUCUAACAGAAGAAGGGUUUAGGAUUUAAUCAGUUAUGAUUUGAUAUGGGUGCUACCAUUUAAGUUUCCUCUUGUCUUUUCUCUAUCCCUCACAAUUAUUCUCUCAUUUACUCAACCACCCACUCAGAAAGAAAAAGGUGAAUAAAGGAUAUCAUCAUUAAAAGGAUUUUUAUCCUGUGGAAUGCACAAUUGCUUAACAUGGGAUGACUCAUGUUAUAAACUGGAUUGUGUAAAUUUGAUUGCAAAAUCACAAUAGACCGGUCAAUUAUGCAGUAUACUGGACUGUUCUGCUCAGGCAUGCCAAUGUGAAUGACUUGGGGCAUCCUGAAAUGUGAUUGAGGUUGAUGUCUUGCAGUCAGACUCAUUUCCUGUGACUCCACACUCUCUAUUUCUGUGUGUAUGAUAACUUCUUCAUGGUUGUUUAAAUGCAGCAUAUUCACAAUCUAUUCCUUUGUACUUUUCUUUUCCUCAGGUGAUUUCCCAACCGAGAUGGCCACCUUUGACAACAACAACAUGACCAAUCUAACCAAUGUCAGUGCCUUUUAUUGUCACUUUCAAGAACGUUUUAAAUAUAUUCUCCUUCCUGUCAGCUAUACCCUGGUCUUUGUAAUUGGCCUGGCGCUGAACGCCAUAGCGUUAUAUGUGAUUGUGUUCCGCACUAAGCGCUGGAAGCCCUCCACUAUCUACAUGUUUAACCUGACGAUGUGCGACACACUCUACAUCCUCACUCUGCCCUUCCUCAUCUAUUACUACGCAGAUCAGAAUGACUGGCCCUUCAGCGAACCAUUCUGCAAGCUCAUACGCUUCCUGUUUUAUACCAACUUAUAUGGUUCCAUUCUGUUCCUGUGCUGUAUCAGCCUGCACCGCUUCGUUGGCAUCUGCUAUCCAGUCCGCUCCCUCUACUGGGUCAGCGCUCAUCGGGCCAAGCUGGUAUCUGUGGCAUUGUGGGCCUUUGUAUUAUUCUGCCAGUCACCUAUUCUCUACUUCUCAAGAAUUAGUGAUGUGAAGGGUGAGCGGAUCUGCUACGACACCACUAGCCCAGAGCUUUUUGAUGAAUUCCUGGUGUACAGCUCAGCUGUGUCAGUGCUAAUGUUUGCCUUGCCCUUCAUGGUGGUGAUGGUGUGCAAUGGCCUCAUGGUGCGGAAGCUUCUGAAGCCUGGCUGGGGGUCUGAAGGGGCUGAGAGGGGAGGCCUGUCAGCCCAACGUUCCAAGCAGAAGUCGGUGAAGAUGAUCAUCAUUGUGCUGUCAGCAUUCAUGCUCUGCUUCCUGCCUUUCCACCUCAACAGGAGUCUUUACUACUCUUUUAGAUACCUAAGGCAGGUCGAUCCAUCACAGAUCAGCUGUAAGUUGCUGGAGGCAACCAGUGUUGCCUACAAGGUGACCCGACCUUUAGCCAGCGCCAACAGCUGUGUGGACCCCAUCCUUUACUUCCUGGCUGGGCAGGAUGUCCGCAGUAGCCUCACCAAGAAGAACAAGUCAUCGAAACCAACAAGUGUGAGCCAACACCUGGCCACACAACUCUGAUCCAAUAUAACUAUUUUGGUAAAAAUGCAGAAAGCUGUGGGGAAAAGUUCAGUACUUAUUGCCGGUCUCUUCUGGUAGAUGUGCCUCCCCACACUGACACCGACAGACACUGCAUUCAGAUUAACCAGUAGAAGUGCAUGUUCAGAUUUGACUGAAGGGUAUAAAUAAACAUUUAAAUCAUGUAGUGGGCAUUCAAAGCUGUUAAAUGAUUUCUACAGAUCAUAUUAUGUUAUGUUUGAAAAGCUAUAAUGUAUGGACAGAACUAAACUACAUGGAGCUCCACAUCUGUGGUUUGUGUUGAUUAUACUGAACAACUGCUGCACCUGAUGUUUGUACAGUAUGUUUGUAUAGGAAUAACUGGAUUUUCCACGGCUCAUCUUUCUUUCCACAUAUCGGACAAAGAUGAUAAACCACACCACUCUGUUGAGACUUCUUUUGAAUAUGCUGGAGCAGUGCUUAUGUGUGUAUGUAAGGAAUGCAAAAAUAAUAUUAAAAUAAAAUGUAUAAAUGAUGUCAUCAUUGUUGUGGUGAUACAUUUUUAUCAUUUGUCUCACUGCAUUUGUUUAAUGUCAUAAUUUGUAAGAUAUAAUUCUUGCAUAAUGGCUGUAGAAUGAGUCUAUCAUUCUGUGACACAUUUUCUUAGAUAAGCUGGUGUAUUAUGUAUAUGUUGUCCUUAAAUGUUAGUUAGUUCAUUGAUUCUCUCUCUUAGUGUCUGAGCAGCUGAGCAGGGUAUUUGAAACCAGAGAAGUUAGUCGUCACAUCAGCCUGUUGGCUAUGAGUUUGGAAAGUAUUAUCUGUGAUUUGUAGGAAGAGUAUCCUUAGUUGCAGUUUAGCUGAGACUUGGUAAAUUUCAUUGUUAUUCAUUACACUUAAUAUACAUAACAGCUGCCAUUUUAUCUAAUGAACACCAACCACCGCUAGAGGGCGACACUGCCUAACAAACAAGACAGGCCAUGAUGCUUUAGUUUUAACUACAUUGUUGACUUUUUCUAUUUCACUAGAUUUUUCCCUCACAAACCUACACCUUAUUUACAGACAAAAGCACACAAACACAAAGCCAAAUUACUGUAUGUCACCAAGAAGAACAGCAAAAGAGACAUGUUUUUAAAAUACACCUCUUUUUUUUUUAUUUUUAAGAGUAAAAACAUCACACAGAAAAAUGUAAUAUUAUAAAUGCAUACAAAGUUGAUGAGAUAAAGGUUGUUUUUUUUUAUCCUUCCAGCAACACUUCAGCUUGAAAACAUGUAAUAAUAAUGCUAAUAGUACUGUAAUAAAAACAGAUCAAAAGAAAAUGUGUAACUGCUGCAACCAAUACAUAUCCAGUCCUCCAGACAUGUUGUAUUCCUCAUAAUAUAAUAAGAAAAUGAUGGGAUAAAAAAUCUCUUAUGAUUAUAGUACACUCUUUAAAACCCAUGAAGAUGUAAACUGAAACCAACUGGGCUGUAUGACUUUGAGGCAUCUCAACCACUAAUCCUCUGUAGCCACUGGUUGGUUUAUUUAAUUAAGCUGUAAAAAAAAUAAUAAUAAUAAUGAGUGUGUGUGUGUGUGUGUGUGUGUGUGUGUAUUUAUGUGGGAGUAGUUCCUUAAAGUUAUGGAGAUUGUAUAACUUCUGGCUAUGUGUACUGUACAGUAUGUGUGUGUAGGACUUUAGGUUUUAAAAGUUCAUGUUUAAAACACUGAAAUGUUGCACUCAAAUUGUGAAGAAAAAAAAUCAUAUAAAUCAUGUUGAUUAAAUCAGAAAUUCAGCUUAUAUGCAUGAUGUUGUGACAGAGUUUACCGUUUUGUUUUUAAAUGAUGGACUACAAACGUCACUUAUUGGUGCAGCGCAGUUGUCUUUCACCUCAUACAUACAGUACUGUAUGCUAAAAUUAUAAAACCAGGUCUGUUUUUCCAUACCCACCCAUAUUUACAUAUGUACAUUCAUUUACAUGUUCUAUACUACAAAAGUGACAUCUACCCAUCUAACUCUUUCUAGGAGCCAAAUGAAAAUUGCAGCCUCUAACUGUCAUUGGGAUGCAGUGUUACAGUAUUGGGGGCCCACUCUGAGAACACAUUUUGGCCCCUGAUCACCUACUUGGACCUAUUUUUAAAGGUUGCAAUUGUUAUUGUUGCUGACUGCGGGUAGGUUUACAUCACUGAGUGAAUGUUUCUCAAACUCUUAAAGGUUCACUGAACUCAGUGAGUGCAUCUUCGGUUGAGACUACAUUCAACAUCAUCAAGGUCUAAAACCUCAACUCACCUGCACAUCCUAUAUGGGCAGAAGAGAAGCGAGAUUACUAAACUUGUAAAAUAAAAUAUUUAAAACACAAUAUAACAUUUUGUCCUUAUAAUACUUUCUGUAGUGCUACCGUACUCUUAUAUGACCCAAAAUCAUAUAGGUUUUUAUGUCAACCAAGCCAGAUUUGCCUUAUCUUUUGGU